AUGCAAUAGCAUUUAUUCAAAACAAGUAGCUGGUAUUUGUAUACUAGCAACCGUCAUCCUAACGCUUGCGUUCCUAGUUCUGAUAAUAGCCUUGGCUGUUGAAAGAACAUCUUUAACAAAACAUCAAGAAAACUUAACAUGCAUUCCUUGCGACACAAUGACGUCUAAUGCUAACACAAACCUUAGUCCAGAUCCUGCUGGUCGUUCUGCUAUCAAACAAAGAGACGAUGGGAUGUGUUGCGGACCUGUAAAAGGCAUUGCUCAGAUAUUGUUUCAAACGGAAAUGGCAGCCCAGUAUCACUACGGCAGUUCCGGUCAAAGUUUCAUUGACAUAGUCGAAGAGUAUGCUGCCUGUGAGAAAGUUACGAUCGACAAGCAGCCCAUUGCAAAAGCAGUUGGAAUUGUGGAGUUCAAACCUACCGACAUAGUAAAUGGUCAUCACAAGGUCCUGUGGAACAAAAACGGUCGAACCUUUUACUCAAAAAACUGCGUCCACUUGGAACUCGAAGGCGAAAUAUUUGUUCGGCAGCCUGGCUACUACAUCGUUUCUUCGCAGAUUAAUAUUCGGCCUCGAAAGGUGACACGCACACCGAUGAAAGAAACCAGACCAACAAUGUUCAGUCAUCACGUUGAUCGUCUGACCCACACAUAUGGCAGAACUGGUGUCCUGAUGGAAAACAAAAAAUCAAUUGACAGAAAUGGUGGUUAUUUUACAAGUUUCCUGUCAGCGGUUUUCAUGCUGAACAAAUUUGACAGGCUCUCUGUAUCUGUAUCCAAUCCCGAAUUGUUAGACAUUGACAAUUACAAUGAUCACUUCCUGAUUUAUUACACUUAUGAUCUGCCAAACUGA